AUGGCUAUUGAGUGUAGUGAAACUAUUACACAAACUUUUAAUGGAUAUUUGUCUGAAGAUUGGAUGUUUUAUUGUUGUAGUGAAGAAAUAUCUUUAUAUGAUUAUAACCCAUCAACUCAACAACUAGAAUUUGUUGGUGUUUGUGGAAAUUUUGUAUUUCUAAAAACGUUAGUACAACAACGAAUUGCCAUUGCAAUUAAAGAUUCAUUAAGGCCAUUACUAUUUAUUUUUAGAGAAAUUGAUCCAUUGUGUACUCUUCAAUUAGAGAGCUAUACUAUUACUUUUAAUAAUAAUGGAAAUCUAUUUUCAUUAGUGUUCAUAGAUGAUGAAAUAUGUAAACAAUGUUUUGGUUGUAUUCAAAACCAAGUCACAAAACAUUUUAAUAAAUAUUUAAAAAGAACACACCUCACUCCAGAAGAAGCUCGAAAUAAAACAAUAAAAGUUGAAGAAGUUGCUGAUAAUGCAAUGAUAUUUGGAAGUGAUAAAGACAAAAUUCAACAUUAUUUGAAUUGUACUUUACCUUAUUAUUGUCUUCCAAAUCCUUUUAAACGAUUGGGUGUACCACAAACAGUAUCUUUAGAUCAAGCUUUACCACCUGAAAUACGUAUUCCUGAUCCAAAAGUUGACCAAAGACAUGGAAUGGGAAUUAAUCCACCAAUUAUUCCUAUUCAGACUUUGCAAGAAAUACACCAUGAAAUUACUUGUAGUCCUGAUAACUCUUCGGAACAAGAUACUUUCAGUUCAGAAUUAGCUAGUCCAAGAAAGGUUAGUCGGAUGACAGUUUCUGAACUUAAAAUAAAAAGUGUAAGAGGUUCAACAUUUGAUACAGGCUCUUCUCGAACUUUAAAUGGAAGUGUUUUGUUUCCACGGAUACCUAUAUCUCCUAGAUCUAUCUUGUCUCCACGUUCAAGUUCUCAAUCUAAAAAAUCUCCAGAUAAUUAA